AAUGGCCACCUUGCGGACAGCAAAGCAAGCGCUGAGAAAAGAAAUAAAGCGAAGGGUUGCAGCGUUGAGUGACGAGGAGAAACAACGACAGUCUCUCGUCCUCUCACGGCAGCUGUUCAGACAUCCCAAGUAUCUGUCCUGUAAGAGGAUUGCUGUGUUUCUCAGCAUGGACGAUGAGGUGCGCACCGAAGAAAUCAUCAAAGACGCAUUUAAAUUAGGUAAAAGCUGCUUCAUUCCAAGAUAUGAGAGCAGCAGCAGCCACAUGGACAUGCUGCAGCUCAACAGUCUUCAGGACAUGGAGACGCUGCCUCUGACAUCAUGGAACAUCAGACAGCCUGCUGAAGAUGACCACAGAGAGGAAGCACUGGCUACAGGCGGUCUGGACCUGAUCUUGAUGCCAGGCCUGGGCUUUGACCAGUUGGGGAGACGUUUGGGAAGAGGGAAGGGCUUCUAUGACACCUACUUGGAGCGCUGCAUCCGACACUCCAAGGGAAAGCCCUACACCAUCGCCUUGGCCUUCAAAGAGCAGCUGUGUGAGGAGAUCCCUGUCGACGACAACGACGUGCUCAUCGAUGAAGUCCUGUACGAGGCGGACGAGUAGCCAUUCGGUCACCGUGAAGUCAAAACCGGCUACAUUGACAUGUCAAAAGUCCGCCAAUCAUUUAACGUGGCCUUUCACAUGAACACGAUCGCUGUGGUUACACUCGCAUCUCACUGUGACCUUUGUGGUCGUAUGCAGCAGAUGAGAACUGAGCUGUGUCCACACGUCACAUUUUAAGGGUGACCCUCCUGAUCGCAUAGUGAUCGGAUAUAAUUUGCGGUCAAAUGAACGGCUGUAAAACGGUGAAUAUAUACAUUUAAUUUCCUAUAUAUUCCUCACACUAAAUGCCCCUUGAUAUGUUUGUUUUUCAAAAGCUUUUAUUUUGAAGCAGCAUAAUCGUGAAAUGUUGGCAUCAGUAUUCAUGUAACGGGACGAGCCCAGAAUAAACUAAUGUUAGUUAUUCCACCUGUGAUGUAACUAACAUCCUGCUAUGACUUGUCCUAUAUGUCAUCUGUUAUUUCAUGAUACAAGUUACGCUACUAAUUCAUGUAUUUGUUGAUACUUGUGAUGACAGAUGUUGUGCCGGUGUUAUGCUCUAUUGUUAUUUCAUGCUGCUGACGUUGCCAUAAAGAAAUGUUUGGUAAUCAGCAACUGCCUAAAAUGAACAAUUGCUUAACGCAAUUAUGGACAUAAAUGAACGAUUCAAUUAAAGGCGAAUAAAUGUUUAAUAUAU